AUGACAGAUUGGUUUCAUAGAAAUCAUCUAAAGGCUACUGCAAAGCUUACAUUCGACUUUGGAGCAGUUGCUAAAGAUUUAAACAGCAGAGCUCUGUGCAGUGAAGCUGCAAAACGUCGUGUUGAACUUCUCAAGUUAAUCUCAGAUCCGUCUGCACCAUGUGAAUCAAUUCAGACCGCGUUAAAUCGUUACCUCCAGCUGUUAAUGGGCUUUGUUUUAUCCGUUGAUAAUAAAACACCCUACAGCAAAUUACGAGGUCUUGUCUGUGUAAAAUGGUCCGAUAGUAUUAAACCAAAGGGUGAACCAAUUGUCAAAUAUGAUUCAAUAUUUGAGCUUUACUCAAUCAUAUUUAAUGUCGCCUUAUGGUAUACCAAGCAUGCAGCAAAAGUAGCUUCUAGUGAAAGUGUCUCAGAAGACGAAGCCAAAGAUGUUCACUUAUCACUUCGUACAGCUGCUGGACUAUUUAAUCUUCUAAGAGAGAAAUAUAUGCAUGAGUUUACAGAGUUUAUAAAGAAUAGUGAUUUGGAUCCAAAUAUUUUAGAUGCUUAUAUCAGUCAGUCGUUGGCAGAAGCCCAGGAAAUUACUGUAGCCAGAGCAAUUGAAUUAAAGCACAAACCUCAUUUAAUCUCCUCUCUGGCCAAUGAAACUGCAAAGUUUUACGAAAAGUGUGGCUUAGCUUUGAGUCAAUGCGAUCCAAAAAUUGUUGGAAAGUGGAAAAAGUAUGCUGAAUUCAAACAGUGCUGUUAUGAAUCUUACGCUUAUGUAUAUUAUGGGGAAGAUUUGUUAGAGAAAGAAAAAGCUGGACAAGCUGUAGCCGUGCUCAAAGAGGCAUCUGUUCCAUAUGAAAAGGCACUUCGUGCUGCACGUGAAUAUGUAAAAGUAGAAGGUGUCAGCUUAUCAACUAAACCUCCUGACCACUGCUUUUUUCGUCGUCUCCCUGGAUUAAUUGAACGGACACGGAAUAAAUGUGAUCGUGAAAAUGGUCUAAUAUUUCAUCAAAAAGUUCCCACAGUUGCUCCAUAUUUAGAAAUAAAAGCUGAAUAUGGUAUUGCAACACCGAAAGAACCAGAAUUGGAUUUCAGUUUAGAUUCACGAUGGAAAGAUGUUUAUAUUGGAUUUGAUAUGAGCAAAAUUGCUGAUAAUAUAGUAUCAGGAUCUAAAAAUUCCAAAGAUCGUAAAGAAUCCAAUCCUAAAGAUGCACCAGUUGAACCUGUCCGUGAAAUGCCUAUCUUCAGUACUGACAAAGAUCCAAAAAAUGAUAGCGGUUGUGUUAUCGCUUAA